CUUGAGGCGCUGUUGGCGCCAGUAAGAGCGCUGGAUAUGGAGUCGAAGACGAAGGCGGUUAGGAAGAGUGCGAGGGAGGUGCUGACGGAUGAGAGAUUAAAAAAUUGGAAUAAAGUAGAGGAAGAUGCAGGCGAGGAGAGCUCCGGAGGUGUUGCUGUUGGCGGUGAGGACGAUGGGGAAUAGGGUGGGAUUGAGGAAUGAGCAUUGAGGGUAUGGAUUUUCCUGGGUUUGUCUAAAGCGAGGCGUUCGGGUUCUCUUGUGGUGUUCAAAAGCAUAAGGAUACCUAAAUGUUGUAUCACAUGGGAGGGAUAGUCAAGAAAAUCUUCAAUUUUGCACUAUCUUCAAUAUCUGAGUUUAGUCCUUCUAGCUACUGCUGUAUUCAAGAGUCGCCGAAGUCGGACGCCUCCUAUUUCCGCUCCGUGGUUCUGCUUGAACGUUUUGCUAGAACGUUUUGCUCCAUGGUUCUGCUCCCACCGUUCCACGUCUUCCUGCCACCACAACCACACUCACUCCACGAUAACGAACAGAUAUCUCUCCGAUCACGGAGAAACUUUCGUUCCAGAGCCCCGAAGCAACCACGGUCCCCCACCCACCCUCUGACUAAGCAGACUCAGCAAAAACUACUUCAACUCGCCCUGCCGCCGUCCCUCUUCUUUUCUUCGCCCUCGGGCAUCCCCUCCUUCCACCCCCAAGAUCUCAUCCUCUGCAUUUUGUAUCACCAUUUCUUUGUAGAUGUAGGGCGCGAACCCGGCCCUUGUAGACUAUGCUAUCUCGACCCUUCCCCGGCCAUGUAUUCCCACCUUUUGUCACUCCUUCGGGGCAGCGUGUUCAUCGAUACUUAGGCGGAAACGGAUCGUUCAGAGGACUUCAUGAGAUCUUGAUAGGCACAAAGUGAUGGACUGGGAGGUUUUGACCUGAGAAGGGUUUCCUCUACUGAAUAUACGCAAUUUACUGCACGCAAUGCCUUUGAUG